UAUCAUCAGAAAGCUGAAUAAAUACGCUUUUACAUUGAUGUAGGCCUAUGGUUUGGUAGGAUAUUUGAAAAACCGAUAGGCUAAUUUUGAUCCACACAAUGUAUGCUAUUGUUGGCUAUUGCUACAAAUAUACCCGUGCUACUUAUGACUGGUUUUGUGCUCCAGAGACACGUAUUUUUGUAAAAAGCGGUACCCAACCCCCUUGAGUCUAGCAGUUUUAUGUCAUUGUGGUAGAAUCUGUCCCCCUGACAGCACUUUUUUUUUUUUCGGGAAGCGCCAGCAAUGUCCAAAAUGCAGUCUCUCUGGCAGCUGAGCUGGGCUCUGAGGCUGAGCCCGGCUGUGGUUUUGUAGUCGGAUAUAAUGUUACAGGAGAAACAUCUGUUGCUGUAUCCUUGCCAUAGUUUGUGAGGUUCCCGUCCGCCGCUAGGGUUUGCUACAGAGAUUUCCUCAGCCCUCCUGCAGCCGGAGAAGCGCUCAGGAGAACCAGCCAGCAGCCGAGUUCAGACACGAACAUGAACACUAGCUGGUUAGGAAAGUUUCACAGCGGCUCGUUGACAGUAGCGCACUGAGCGAAUGUCUGGAGACGCGCGGUUGCGCAGGAAAACGCAAAAGCAUGACGGCCAAGAGAACCGCUUUCCAGCCGCUGUCCAGCUCCCGCAUCCCGGCGGAGAGGAAGGGAGCGGCUGAGCGCCUUCAUAACCCCGAGCGCUGUGCCUCUUCCCCGCAGGAGCCGGAGAAACCAGCGGCGUCCGCCUCAGGGCUCCCCGCCUUGGGGGCUGUCGGGGGCUCCGGGCCGGUGGUGGACGAGUCAUCCGACAGCGAGGGAGAGCAGGAAGGGCCGCAGAAACUCAUCAGGAAAGUGUCAACCUCCGGGCAAAUUCGAAGCAAGACGAGCGUGAAGGAAGGGCUGCUUCUGAAACAGACAAGCUCGUUCCAGCGUUGGAAAAAGCGUUAUUUCAAAUUGCGGGGACGGACGCUCUACUAUGCCAAGGAUGCCAAGGCGGGUGGCGUUUUGACCCGCUGGCAGUAUCGGGUCUCUCGUAGCCGUGUGUGCUGGAGGGUUCUUUCCGUCUGCUGGACCGGUGCCCGCCGUCAGCCGCCCGUUCUUGGCCCCAGUGGAUCGGAGGAAGGCUUGGUGGCGAUUCGGUCUCUUAUUUUUGAUGAGGUGGAUCUUUCAGAUGCCAGUGUUGCCGAAUCAAGCACAAAGAAUGUUAACAACAGUUUCACGGUAAUUACACCGUUCCGAAGGCUUAUCCUGUGCGCCGAGAACAGGAAAGAAAUGGAGGACUGGAUCAGCUCACUGAAAUCGGUUCAGUCCAGAGAGCAUUACGAGACGGCACAGUUUAAUGUGGAACAUUUCUCAGGGAUGCACAACUGGUAUGCCUGCUCCCACGCUCGUCCUACCUUCUGUAACGUCUGUCGGGACAGCCUCUCAGGGGUCACUUCUCAUGGCCUCUCUUGUGAAGUGUGUAAAUUCAAGGCCCACAAAAGAUGCGCAGUCAGGGCCACCAACAACUGCAAAUGGACAACGUUGGCCUCUAUCGGCAAGGACAUCAUUGAGGAUGAGGAUGGGAUUGCGAUGCCACACCAAUGGCUGGAGGGCAACCUGCCUGUCAGUGCUAAGUGUGCCGUUUGCGACAAAACCUGUGGCAGCGUGCUACGCUUGCAGGACUGGCGUUGUUUGUGGUGCAAAGCCAUGGUGCACACGGCAUGCAUGGAUCUCUACCCCCGCAAAUGUCCCCUCGGCCAGUGCAAAGUGUCCAUCAUCCCCCCUACCGCCCUCAACAGCAUCGACUCAGACGGUUUCUGGAAGGCCACCUGUCCCCCAUCAUGCGCUAGUCCACUCCUCGUGUUUGUCAACUCAAAAAGUGGAGACAACCAAGGGGUAAAAUUCCUGCGUCGCUUCAAACAGCUGCUCAAUCCCGCUCAGGUCUUUGACCUGGUCAACGGUGGACCUCAUUUAGGUCUCCGCUUGUUCCAAAAGUUCGAUAACUUCCGAAUCCUGGUGUGCGGUGGAGAUGGAAGCGUCGGCUGGGUCCUGUCUGAAAUUGAUAAACUAAAUCUUCACAAACAGUGCCAGCUGGGCGUUCUGCCGCUGGGCACCGGGAAUGACCUGGCACGGGUGCUCGGCUGGGGGCCGUCGUGUGACGAUGACACUCAACUCCCUCAGAUACUGGAGAAGCUGGAGCGAGCCAGCACCAAGAUGCUGGACAGGUGGAGUAUAAUGACGUAUGAGAUUAAAAUACCUCCCAAACACAGCUGCCCCGCCACACCUGAGGAGGCAGAGGACGGCCAGUUACAGAUCUCUGCUUAUGAGGAUUCAGUGGCUGCUCAUCUCACAAAGAUCCUGAACUCAGAUCAGCACUCAGUGGUCAUAUCUUCAUCAAAGGUAUUGUGUGAGACGGUGAAGGAAUUUGUGGCCAAAGUUGGGAAGUGUUAUGAGAGAAGCAGUGACAGUACGGAGGAAGCUGAUGCACUUGCUCUCAAAUGUGCCAUUCUGAACGAGAAGCUGGACUCCCUCCUGCAGACGCUCAAUUCGGAGGCGCAGGCCAUGACGCCCUCAGCCCUCACCACGCCACCCAUCGUGGAGGAGGAGGUGGAGGAGGAAGAGCUGGAGGAAGACGAGGAUCUGAGUGAAGAGUCUAUCACGGAGCUGAAGGAGAAUGAGACUGAGAAAGGCUCUGCCCAUAAGCUCUUCAGACCCCGCGAGCAGCUCGUGCUGAGAGCCAACAGUCUGAAGAAAGCGCUCAGAAAGAUCAUCGAGCAGGCGGAGAGAGUGGUGGACGAGCAGAACGCUCACACGGAGGAGCAGGAGCUGCAGUCUCCCACAGACUUCAGGAAGGACAGCGAGGAGGAAAACAGAGACAACGAGAAGGACGAGGACACUAAAGAACUGGAAGUCUUGCCCUUGGCUAAGUCACCGUGUUCGCCGCCAGAGAGGCGUAUGAGUCGCAGCACACAGUCCUGUGGCUCCUUUUCCAUCACUCCCUUCACCACAAGCAAGGAGAACCUGCCUGUCCUCAACACACGCAUCAUCUGUCCCGGUCUGCGGGCAGGUCUUGCUGCCUCUAUAGCUGGAAGCUCCAUAAUCAGCAAGAUGCUGCUUGCCAACAUUGAUCCCUUUGGCGCAACACCCUUCAUAGAUCCUGACCUGGACUCUCUAGAGGGCUAUUUGGAGAAGUGUGUGAUGAAUAACUACUUUGGGAUUGGGUUGGAUGCAAAGAUCUCACUGGAGUUUAACAACAAGCGAGAGGAGCACCCAGAGAAAUGCAGAAGUCGCACUAAAAACAUGAUGUGGUAUGGAGUUCUGGGGACGAAAGAGCUUCUGCAGCGGACCUACAAGAACUUGGAGCAGAAGGUUCAGCUGGAGUGUGACGGCCAGUACAUCCCACUCCCCAGUCUCCAGGGGAUCGCUGUGCUGAACAUCCCCAGCUACGCCGGGGGAACCAACUUCUGGGGCGGCACCAAAGAGGAUGACAUAUUUUGUGCCCCUUCGUUUGAUGAUAAAAUUUUGGAAGUGGUUGCUGUGUUUGGUAGCAUGCAGAUGGCUGUGUCGCGGGUGAUCAAACUGCAGCAUCACCGUAUUGCACAGUGUCGCACGGUGAAGAUCACCAUCCUGGGAGAUGAAGGCGUGCCGGUGCAGGUGGAUGGGGAGGCCUGGAUUCAGCCUCCUGGAGUCAUCAAGAUUCAGCACAAGAACCGGGCCCAGAUGCUGACAAGGGACCGCGCAUUUGAAAACACGCUUAAGUCUUGGGAGGAUAAACUGAAAUACGACAAGGCUCCACUGAGGCCUCACCUGUAUCCUCAGCACUCUGUGGAUCUGGCCACAGAAGAGGAGGCCACGCUCAUCCAGAUGUGCGCUCGAGCCGCAGAGGAUCUCAUCACCAGGAUCUGCGAGGCUGCCAAAAACUACCAGCUCCUCGAGCAGGAGCUGGCCCACGCCGUCAACGCCUCCUCACACGCCAUCAACAAAACACACCCCAAGUUCCCCGAGAGCCUGACAAGAAACACUGCCAUUGAGGUGGCCAGCACGGUGAAGGCCCUGCACAAUGAGACCGAGUUGCUGCUAGUUGGACGAGUUCCAUUGCAACUGGACCCUCCGCAUGAAGAGCUGCUGUCCAGUGCCCUGCAGAGCGUUGAGGUUGAACUGGGAAAGCUGGCUGAGAUCCCCUGGCUCUACCACAUCUUACAGCCCAAUGACGAGGAGGAUAACUCCCUCGAGUACGGAAAAAGAAACAGUCGGAGUGGCAUGUUUCGCAUAGUGCCAAAGUUCAAGAAAGAGAAAGCUCCGAAGAAGUCCAGCCCACAGUCAGUUCAGAGGUGGGGCACUGAGGAGGUGGCCGCCUGGCUGGAGCAGCUCAGCUUGGGAGAAUACAAAGAGACCUUCAUCCGCCACGACAUCCGCGGCUCAGAGCUCCUGCACCUGGAGAGGAGAGACCUCAAGGAUCUGGGGAUCUCGAAGGUGGGUCAUAUGAAGAGAAUUCUCCAGGGAACUAAGGACUUGGCCAAGAGUUUGAUGGUGGACCUGUGAGUGACGUCAACACACAUUCCGUUCGUGAGCGAAGGGGAGUUGAAGCAGGAGCUCCGGCGUGGGAUGCGCUUUGGUGUCGUGGAUCUCUGUAGGAAUAGCUUGUAGAAAAGCUAGGGUUGUUUGUUUUGGUGCCAAAAGGACAAGGAUUGUGUCCAGACUUUUAGCCCCGUAGAAAAGCCAUUCCUCACUUAUCGCAUCGACGGCACAAUCAGGUAUGCAAUUCUCAUCGUGCACGCGACCUCUGGCCUCUUUAACAGAUUACAAAUCAAGUAGCAGAACAGGACUUCCAAACCGAGAGGAGAGGAGCUCACUGGCUCUUUGCCUUGCGGUAGAUGGCAACAAUAGGAGGGCGAUGUGAUGUGUCAGCAAUAUUCUGCACUGUUUACAUUUUAAGGAGAUGGGAAAAAGUCUGCUGGUGUAUCGCAAUCAAACGGCAAUCAUCGCAGUGCGGCGGUGCAGGCCAGGAAAGGUCAAAAGGGGUUUCCUUCGCCAGUGACAUACUGAUGCAUGGUAUGCUUGCUAUAUUUGGAUAGCUGUUUUACUGCAUGAUCUGCGUCUUGUUUUUUAUUGUACAAACUUGAACAAGUUUUAUAUGAAUUUAGUAUGAUGCCAUUUGUUACUACUGAAGCAUCCCUUUGGUCAAAGUAGACUGCUGAUUUAUUUCUAUUCAUCCGUCUGCAUGGAAACCUUGUGUCAAAGCAGUGUCAUGUGCCAUAUUUAUCGUCAGAUGAGCUUUAUUGGUAAGAAAUGUUUUAAUCUUACAGUAGGACGUUAGGUAAGUCGGUGAAAUAAAGUACCAAAGCGAAUGUCCCCUGGUUUUUAAAGCGAAAUGUUCUUUAGAACAUUCCAAAAGUUUAAUUCAACCCACAAUGUUUGAAAUAUUCAGCGAAAAAUGGUCAAAUCUGAAGUGGUUCGGGAAAACAUGAACACGGCGACUCUUUGUAACUUAAAGCAUAUUAUUAUACAUUAGUUGAAAUAGGACUUCUGUUGUUUUGAAUAAGAAAUUGCAGUUGACCUGCAACUUUACAUAGUUGAUAUUUACUGAGUUCAGGAACCCAGUGCAAGUUUGAUAGGAUCAUCUACAUUUGGUUGAUGGCAUUACAGGGUAUAAGAGAUUGUUUGUUUGUUAAUAUAUGCACUGUAUAUAAGUCUAAACUGUUAAUUAAAGCCUUUGUAUAAUAGAACGCUUACAAGAUAUUAUCAGAUGACACAUUUAUUUGUGUAUAGAGCACCAUAACACCUUUGUGAAUUAUUCUGUUUAGUAAUCGCCUUUACACGUUAAGUGCUGUUGUACUCUAUGGAAGGUGCAAUAUUGUAUUUCUUUUGAUACAUUUCUUCUCUACGAAGCUUUAGUAUGUGAGGUUUUUCCAUGGAAAACUAAAAAGAUAAACUUCACACACUCCUCUUUUUUCGGUUUUGGAUUAAGGUGGACUUUGGGUCAGACGAAUCACACCAUGUUCUCUCCAAAAUUCAUAAAUCUUCCAUGAGCAAAUUGUUGAUCCUGUCUAACCGUGCUUCCAGGAUAAUUUGCUUGACGGCUGGAUGUUUCCUCAUACCGACUAUAAAACUGUUGUGCCUCUAUUUUUUCCGCAAAAUGGAAAAUUUCGAGCUCGGAGCUACACGUAGUUCUGCAUAAGCCAACCUGACCAACAGCGCACAUGGGACUCAUAUAAGUGGAUUUUAGGUUUAUAUUAUAUUAUAACGUUCCUCUAGAGGGUGUUCGAUAACAUCAAAGUAGUACUUGAUGUAUAUACAGAGCGAAAGUGAAUAGUGUCGGAAAAGAUGUGUUGGUCCCAACCAAGAAAUCCAAUUCUACCCACAAUUUACCUGAAGUGAGAAUUCAAACAAAUACGGCAGAUGAAAACAGACCUGGAGGAUGGGGUUUGGUCUGUUGGGUGGAACCGAACAGGAUGGUUUUAAAAAGAAAAAUACACAUUUGAAGAGUUCGUUGAGAGUUUAGGCAUUAUUAUGAAACGAUGGGAUUAAAAACGAGACUGAAUACACGACAGCGUUCAUUUAUCAAUAAUAGAUUAUAUUAGUGGUUCUCAACUGGUUUUGCUUCAACAACUCAUGGCGCCAAACAAGAAAAUGUCCUUAAAAGUCAUUAACAUUAUCAUGAACUGUGAAUGCGCAAACAGUAAAAGUGCGAUUUAUGCUUUUUAUAGCUUGUGUGUUUGUUUUCUAAAUGUCAGUGAUGGUUUUAUGCUCUCUGCAGCCAAUAAUUCACCACACAAAACACACUGUGGUUUGCACAAACCAUGUUUAUUCUUGUUGUAAGUGAACCCGUAUUUAAUGUAGUUUGGCCCUGUCCAUAUUGGCAUCUGUGCAAUACAUCUAGCUUCCACCAAAUGAAAGAUGAACUUAACACCGUCCAGUUUGAUUGGGCUCAUAAUGCUGGACGUACAAAAUAAAAACGAGGAAAACAGUUUCUCCUGUCUUUUAAAAGUUGAUAAGCUUUUUAUAACUGAACACAGCUAUACAGUUGAUUGCAUUCUAUCAGUUGAGAACCACUGGCGUCACAACAGUGCAGCCUGAAUUCUUCAGAAAUCCAUGUCAUUUGUUUUGCGGUUUAAUUGGCAACUUAAUGUCUCUCACUUCCCGUCUUUUCUCAGUAGUGAGCACCUACUGAGGUUUCAGCGUCUGUCUGUAGGCAUUUCAUGGCAGGUGUUGGCUGUUUAAUGGCAGGACCAUGUGAAAUCUGCGCCAGCAGAACUCCGCAAAAACCUCUGCAGAUUGGGAUGCGCGUCAAGUUUUACACAUUCCCUUUCACUUGUGUAUUCGUUUAGGAAAUGUUAUGGCUUUUCAACUACCACUCAGUCUCUGUAUAACACAUUAUACCUUUUUAAAAUCCAUUCACAGACAUUUUCUCCAAAAUCGGUGCAGAAAAUGUCAUCUGAGGUUAUUUAUAUAGUGAGAGAAAAAAACUAAUCUGAUAAACAUUUGAUCUGACAAUCAAAUGGUGCAUUUAUAGCAAAUGCUUGUGGUUCUAUAAUAUCGAAACCUAUGUGCACAUACCUCCACGCAUUCUGAAAAACGUCUGAAUGUAGGCCUACUGAUAUGCUUUACAGAUAUGCAUUACUGAGUGACCGCAUUACAAAAGGUAAUUACCCCAACUAGCUAGACUCAUGACCAAAGACACAAGAUCAUUUCCAGAAAUCUACCAAGCUCCCCGAAGCCCGAUUUAAUUGGCCUUACAUGUUCUCUGUUUGACAGCUGUAGCAGGUCGACCUUGUAUUUGGUGCCUCUGUAUAGUUCAUUUGUUCACAACAGACUCAAAUCACACAAGUGCAGUCUUCCUCUCAUGCCACACUGAAUACAUGUGCACAUGAUCACAUGAACCUCAGUUCAGUUCUCAAGCCACCACUGAGUGUUUUUCAUUGGAUUGUGAGUGACAGUGGGAUUCGGCUUAUCGAUAAUAGCGAACGUAAAGCUGUAAACUGCCUGGUUUUUCAAAAACGAUUUCAUUUGGGGGAAUUUGUAGAGCAAGGUAACAUAUCUUUGACAUGAUUUAUAUCCAGUUAAGAGAAGUGCGAUGUGAGUUUCAUUUGUUUACAUUGUGUUUACAAUGGCACGGCUUCAUUUUUAAGACUACAUAUAUAGGUAUAUUUACAAUACUUGCAUAUUUAUUAAGGUUAAACAACUGACGUGUAUGUGUUUUCACUAUUGGGAUAUAAUGUUACGGUAGUCACUUGUAUUGAUAUCUGGAUGAUUUUGGUAAGUAGUAGCCUAGGUAAUUUUUAUGACUACUAAGUGACUGUUUUCUGUGCCUUUUUAUCGUAGAUGCAUGGUUAACUAUUUAUUACAAUAUGGAGGUCACUGAGAUGUGUAUUUUUGUAUCCUGAUUAAAUAAGUGUUUCGAUUUUGAUGUACAUUUUGAGGUGGUAAAAUGCUGCCAGUUGAUAUCUUCCUUCUUCAAUAAAAUUGAAUGCAUACACAGUA